AUGCUCGCCGUCCCCAUUGUGUUCCAGCAGGCCGGCUGGCUGGUGCCGGCCAUCUUCCUCCUCAUCAUGUUUGUGCUGGCGUCGCUUUCAGCUACGCUGCUGUGUGAGGCCAUGGCGCUUAUUCCGGGCAACGAACGGUUCGGCAAGCGGUAUGAGUACUCGAGCAUUGUGGCCCACUUUUACGGCCAUCGGGCGUACCUGGUGACCCAGGCUGUGUACGCCAUGUCGUUGCAGACGCUCAAUGUGGCCUCGAUCAUUGUGACUGCUCAGGUCAUGGACCAGUUCUUCAUCCGCGUCUUUGGCAAGUCGUACGCCCUCGCCGUCCAGUCGGGCUCGUGGGUCGAGUCCACAGAUCUGGCCACCCCGUUCUCGGGCGUCGGUGUAGUGGUGACCCUCGGCUACGCCGUCGUCACCAUCAUCUGCCUCCCGGUUGGCUUCCUCAAUCUCUCCGAGGGUAUCUACUUUCAGUACUUUUCGUUCCUCAUUCUUGUCGCCGGCAUGAUCAUCUUCUUUGUCACCUACCUGCUCCGAGACCUCGACACCUCACGCGUGCCGGUUGUCGGCUCAAACAUGUCCUCGGUCAUCGGCACCAUUCUCUUUAACUACACCUUUGUCGUAACCGUGCCCUCGUGGGUCAAUGAGAAGCUGGACUCGGUCUCGAUCAACAAGACCAUCUGGAACUCGGGCAUCUUCACCACCGUCGGCUACUUUGUUAUGGGCUACGUUGGCGCUUUGGCGUACCCGGACGUUGCCGGCAACGUCCUCACCACCUUUGCCUCGUCCGGCUCGCUCGUCACCGAGCUCACCGCCUACAUCUUCUCGCUCGCCGUCAUCGGCCUCGGCAUCCCGCUCUUCUCCAUCGUCAUCCGAUACAACUUGUACGUCUCCAAGGUCUGCGGCGCAAAGAUGGCCUCCUUCCUCGGCGUCAUCCUCCCUUGGCUCAUCUCCUGGCCGCUCUACUCGGGCAACGGAUUUGAGCUCUUUGUCGCCUGGUCUUCGCUCAUCGUCAACUCGUUCAUCAACUUUGGCCUGCCCAUGCUCCUCUACCGCACCGCUCGCCUCCGCUACGCAGAGCACAAGCAAGCCGGUGGUGGGACAGAUUCUAUUCGCACACGCGCAGAGUCUAUCGAAUCCAUUUCCUCCAUCGGCUCGGAGCCGUCCAUCGCCGCCGCAAAGGCGCUGCUCAUGACCCCAGGCUCGCUCAAUGCCGAGAAGGGCCUGCUCAUGGCCAACCCGUACGACUAUUUUGUCACGCCGGUCAAUGCCCUCCCGCGCUUCCUCCGCCCCUUCAAGCGCUCUGCCACUCUCACCAACAUUCUCCUUGGCUCGGUCAUUGUCUUUACCCUCGCUGCCAUCGUCUUCCAGUUCCUCGCCCAGCUCGGCGUCGUGGUCGUAGACGGCGCUGCGUCGUCGCACGUCGCGCUCAUCGCGGGCGAGUGGAAGGCCGUCGUCGGCGCCGACGCGCGCUCGUUCCACGAGACCUUCGACGCCGCGCGCAAGACGAGCGAAGCGCGUGCGGAGAAGAACACGCUCGGCGACGCAGUCAAGGCGGCGGAGCGGGUGCUGGAAGCUGUGCGGCGGCGGGUCAAGAAGGCCGACGACGCGGUGACGGCGGCAAAGCAGGCGCUCGACGAGGCCGCCCGGGCCUCGACCAAGGCUCGGAAGGCGAAGCGCAAGGCUCGGACGGGGCGCCACGACGACGGCGACGACGUCUCGUUCAUCGCCAAGGAUGAUCCCAAGCUCUCGACCAAGCUCCCCGAGUGGGGCACGAGCAAGGCGGUUGCUGGCCCCGGCGAGGACGUCGAGCACCCGACGCUCCUCACGCGCCUCCGCCUCACGUCCUCGCUCUUCAUGUCGGCUUCGGCCACACCGACCGGCUGA